UGGAUACGUAACUUAUGCUUCAAGUUUCCGUAACUUCAGGCGGACGUUGUCGUACAAAUACUAAACGUCAUAAUAUAUUUUAUAAAAAAUAUACAUUAAUUGAUUUUAUAUUUGUUUCGAAUAAAUUGAAUAAUAUAUAAGGUUUUCAAUACAAUAAUAGAAGUUGUUGGCCGUGUUUGGCUAAUUUCUUAUAUUUAUUUCAAAGAAACAACAAUGACAACGUCUCAACAGUUUGAUUCAAGUACUAUGAGAGUUAUUUUGGCUGAGAUUCUGGAAUCUCUUACAACCUGUGAAAAUGCCUUGAAUUUAGAAGAUGCUAAGAGUAAAGCUGGUAACGAUAUGCUAAAAGUUAUGCAGUAUGUUUAUCCAAUAGUUGUCAGCACUCAGAUGGAUGUAAUAAAAAAAUACGGACUUCCUGAAGGACGAGAAGGAAUAAUAAAGUUUACGAGAAGUGUUGUUGCAUUUGAAAAAGAUGAUAGAGUAGUAGCUGAUCUUCACCGUCAGAUACGAUCAUUCUAUUUACCACCAGUCAAUGUUUCAAGUGCUGUAACUUCACAUGUGUAGAUUAAUUAUUUUAUUUAUAAGAAACACUGUGCAAAAGUUAAAAUAAUUUAUUGAAUAUGUUAUAAUAAAAAAUAUUUAAAAACUUAAUAA